UCUAGCAGUUUGAGAGCUGUUUCGUGGCGUGGUAGUCACUAAUUGUUUUUGUGAAGAAGCUCUUGUAAUUUUUUUCUAGGUUUCUUAACUCCACCAACUCCUUUAUUUCUUUAAAUCAAACUAAAACCUAACGCAGUUUAAAAAAAAGUGAAUUAAUAAGAGUGAUAAAGAAUGAGCGAAUUAACUCCGCAAAGUGCAAAAAAUACAAUAACAAGCAAAUGCUUUAAAUAACUUCGCAAUGAUAAGAAAAGUCAUACUCAUUUAACAAAAAAUCGAGAAAAUAAGUUCAGCAGCUAAACGAAAAUGCCUCACGCACACUCAGCCGGCCGCCGAAAACCCUCAACCCAAAGACGUCUUCUUCUACGCUGCUCGCAGCUAAUAUUUCUACAGUUGCUGCUGCCCCAUUACUGCCUCCAACAUGCCAUCAAAAACGAGCACAGCAGUGCCAAUGCCACCAGCAACAACAGCACAACACCGCGAGCAACAGAUGCCGCUAGCUCGGAGAGUUAUUUCGUGCCACAUCGCUUCUCCAGCAGCAACAACAUAACCAUACUCCACGAAGUGCAUGAAAUCGCCACGCACGCAGAUCGACCACUCGUGCUGAACACACACGAAGUGCUGCCCGUAAAACCGUUGAAGAAGAAACCCUAUACACUGCUCGACAAAACGAUAUUCCCUGAGUACGAGAAGGCGCGCACGCUCAAAGAGUACGAACUACAUCCGGUCACUUUCGAUUUUAAUCUAAGCGACUUGGAGGAUUUGGAGCAUGAGACCGUGAAGAAGGGCGACCUCAGCGCCGAAGAGAAGCAUUUACUACGCAAUGCCGAGGAACCUGUGCUCAGCUACAAUGAACGCGUGCCCUACGUGGGUCUCGGAAGUGAGGUGGGCCUGGAAGGUUUUGGUGGUGCAACCGAUGUAACAGUACAUAUUUAUACCACAGAGAAUAGUUUAUUGGCCACCAAUGCAACUCUUGCUAGCACCACAACACAAGCGCCAAUUAUUACUACACCAAAUGUUGUGGCCACCAUAAGUCCACACAUCUUUAAGGUGCAUAAAAAUAAAACGCUGAAGAAGGGGCGCGAACUGCUCAAGCAGGAGGAGGAGACACCAAAGGCAGCGGGCAAUAACGUUAAUAGCAUCAGUCAUUAUUUUGGCGUGGACACUAUUGUAGGGGAAGUGAACGCAACGGCUGCUAGUCUACAUUCCGCUAAUUUCUUUCAAAUCAUCACCAAUUUGUAUGAUCACUUUUAUUGGCAGGCGUCGGAAAUACGCACAAAAGUGUCGACCGCUUGCGGACUGGAAAUGCAGGCGUACUUGACGGGCUUGCAUGGGAACUUCGACUGGGCGCAAAAGGCAUACGAUGCUUCCGGCCGUUACCGUGGACAAUUAUUCUUCGGCAACGACAAAUGGCUGGGUCAGAAGAAUUUCUGCUAUGAACUUAAUCGGCAACUAAAUCCAGAUGAGCGUAAACAUUUCGAAUUUGAAUUUUAUGCUGCUUUGGUUGCGCUACACCUGUCGAUGCCGCAACAGUUGCACGUAAACCUCCAAGUGGGCGAGUGUUUACCACGUUCCUGCAAUGCACACGACGUGUACGCCAUACUCACACUGGAUCCACAUGCUCAAAUGCUUGUUGCACUAAAUACCGCGGCGAUCAAUCAAGCACAAUACAACCAAAGUAUUGGCCAUGGUCACAGCAAUAGCAGCAGCGGCAACCACACCAUCAUACAAGUGCUACAUGUGCGUGCAGUGCCCGGCGCCUUCAGCUAUUGGCGCGAACUAAAAUUUCAAAUAUUUCUAAGUUUCGUAUUCUCACUUUUGCUACUCGUCAUCACAGCCACCUGGUAUCAGGCGAAAUUAAAUCAACUGCAGCUCAGCUCGCCGCACAUUGCGGCCAUUAGUGCGAAAAUUGAUGCUGUCAUGGCGGCCGCAAUCGCCGGUGCCAGCGGUGGCCGUGGUGGCGGUGGCGGCGAUGGCAUUGCAACAAUUGAUGCCAGUGUCGCGGGGACCUACACUAAUAAUGCCGGUGGCGGCAAUUCAGGUGCAUUCAAAUCAACAAGAGCAGUGCCAGCCUUCGAACUAUACCAGAUGAGCACACUGACAACGGAGAACAACAAUGUGCUCGACAUUGAGGCGGAUGUGAAUGGAAAUAAAACGGCGAAUAGCGCCAGUAGCAGCAGCAGCGCAAACGGCACUGGCGGACAAGCGAAUGGGAAUAGCAAUGGCGCAGCAGGCACAGCCGCAGCGACAGUGGGAACUACGAAAGGGGGUGGUGUUGCUGGUGGCGGAGGCGGUGGCGGUGGCGGUGGGAGUAUUGCAAGCAACAGCAGCAGUGUGCGGCGCAUCCAUGGCGAACUUUCCGCAACGGAUGUCGAGAAGUCACAUAUGGCCGAUUAUCGCCUGGAAACGAGCAGCAGUAUGGGUGCGUCGAGUACUUAUGAGACGAGAAAACAAUUGGGUUUGCAUGAGAAAUUUUUAUUGUGUUUUGCAUUUCAAACAAAUGCCGGCAGUAUCCUCAACAUGACAGAGAACAAAGAGCAACAAACCUCCUGUGUGCAUGGCUUGCGCGUCUUCUCCGUGCUGUGGACGAUAAUGGUGCAUACGUAUUUGCAAAUGUUUACCAUCGGUGAAAAUAGAUUCCAGCGCAACAUUGUCGAACGUUCGUUUUGGUAUCAGUUCGUUGGCAAUGCUACCUUUUCCGUCGAUACAUUCUUCUUCAUCAGCGGCUUCCUUGUGACAUUACUCUUCCUUAAACAGGAUAAAAAGUAUCCCGAUGAUACAGGACAAUAUUUUCGACGCAGCAUGAAGGAUACAGGAUUUCUAUUGAUUUAUCGCUAUAUACGCUUGACGCCAGCGUAUCUGUUUGUGAUACUGUUUAAUGAUUUUGCACUGCGCCAAACUUUCGAUAACUCCGUCUUCCAGCCGAAUGUCGCCGCCGACACUUGCAGCCGUUUUUGGUGGCGCAACAUACUCUAUAUCAACAAUUUUUAUCCACUCAGUGAGAUUUGCAUGAUCUGGAGCUGGUAUAUGGCCAAUGAUAUGCAAUUCUUUGUGAUGUCUUCGCUGCUGCUGGUGCUCUCCAUCAAGUAUUUCAAAACUGCUGCCAUUAUUUUGUGUUCAUUUCUGCUAAGUUCUUGGGGUGUUUCGGGCAUUAUUUCCCUACAUUACCGUUAUACGCAUAAGGUGGCCAAUCCCUUCGAGUCAUUCGAUUUCCUCUACGACAAACCCUGGCAGCGUGUUGGCACCUACAUUAUGGGCAUGCUAGCCGGUUACAUUAUUCACAAAGUCAAAAAGCCCCCUGCGAUAAGUAGCCGCACAAAUUAUUUGAUCUGGCUGGGUAGCUGGUCGCUGUUGGCGUUCAUAAUUUUCGGCGUAUGGAGUGGGGAACUCAGUCGAUUAGCGACAGCGUUCUACGUUAGCGUUGGUCACACAGCCUUCGGCGUUGGUCUUAUCUGGAUCGUCUUGUCCUGCUGUUGGGGCAUAGCGCCCACAGCCAAUCGCAUCCUAUCCUAUCGUGGUCUCUGGCCACUCUCACGCCUCACCUACUGCACUUAUCUCAUUCAUCCGGUCAUAAUGCUAAUCACUUCUUUUCGCAUGAGUGGCAUCGUUCAUCUGAAUAAUCUCUUCGUUAUGACCAUUUUUCUGGGGAAUGCGGUAGCUUCCUUCGGUGUAGCCUUCUUCAUUUCGGUUUUGUUUGAGGCACCAGUCAUACGAAUAUUGAAGAUUUUUUAUCGAAAGUAGUAACUGUAUAGUUUUUUUUUUAAUUGUAUGUAUAUAUUAAGUCGUAACCGUGCAUGUUUGUAUAUAUUUACAUAGCUUGUAGGAAGAGGAGGGUGAGAGAAAUACUUUUAAGAAGUUAACGUAAUGCAAUUCGGAAUAAUUUUAAAGUUGCCACGAUACAUACAU